ACACGCUUACAAUUUGCUGCAGAAAAUUGAAAAUGGCUGAGUUUGUGCAAAGAAACUUUACUGCAUUAGAAAAAUUUCCACAAAUAUUUGGAGAAAAACUUGUGUAAAAAUACUAAGUUAUGAAAAAUGCGCAUUGUGAAAUUAAAAAGUGUUAAAAUUUAAACAUACAACAAUAGAAAAGAGCGUUUGAAAAAGUGCAUAUUUUUCUCGCUUAGAACAAGAUAAAUUGCAAAGAUAGAAUUUACGUAUACAGAGGCCAUAGCCAUCAACUGUCAGUGAAAAAAGUAUUACUCAAUAGAGGUUUAAUUUAUUAAUGGAACUAUAAUUUGAAUACAUUAUCAAACUUUUAAUUACGUUUUGUAAUAUAAAAUUACAUUUGUGAAGUACUAUAAAAAUAGAAAAGGGACAAAUUUUAUUUAGCCCUAUUCGUGUAACGCAUACACAAGAUUAAAAAACUAAAUAGCUCAAACGAAAAAGGGCAUACCUAUGUAGUUUGCUAAUUUAAUAUCUAUGUACAUACCAUUGUAUUGUAUAUUGCAAUAAUUUAGAAUGUCCGCCGAUUCUGGUGAUAGUGAUAUUGACUCACGUCCUUCGUGUAGCCAAAAUCGACGUGUAACUCGAGGAAAUGCUAAUCAUGGUGGUGGUAAUUGUACUGAAACUAGGAAAGGUAGAAAACGUCGCAUCGUCAUGCGCAUCGAAUUUGAUGACAGUGGUGAAGAUAGUUCUUCGGCUUCAGAAGUGUCGGGCGGAGAUGGUCAAGUAGAAAACGGUAAUAAUAGUCAGCCACAAUCAUUUUCUACUAUACCGCGAAGAACUCGCCAAAAUGGUAGGCCUCUUGGAGGAAAAAUGCCCAUCAAAAAUGAUGGUUCCGAUGAUUCGGAUAACAUUCGUAGAAACAAUACGCAGCGUCUUCGGAAGAAGCGUACAAAUAUGAUUAACAUGGAUGGAAGCGAUUCGGAUGAGUCUUCAAGUGGUAGUGAGAUAAAUCACUCGGUAAAAACGCGUACAGCAAAAUCGUCGAAGAAAAUUAUCAUCUCGGAAGAUGAACAAAUGCAUUCUUCGGAAGAAAAUCAAAGCAACAGCAAACAAACCGAAAUCGCCACCGAGGCUGGUUUCAAUUCGGACAGUAGUAGCAACGAGCUGCUCGAGAAAUGCCCAAUUUGUCUCUUGACUUUUCGACAACAAGAAAUCGGUUCGCCGGCAACAUGUGCACACAGUUUUUGCUCCAGCUGCAUCGAAGCUUGGUCCAAGAAUGUGCAGACAUGUCCUAUCGAUCGCAUCGAAUUCGAUCGCAUUGUCGUGCGGGAUAAUUUUGAAAAUCGUAGAAUCGUGCGCGAGAUUAACGUCGAUCCCAAUAAGAUUAGUAAAGAACUGGUAUUGGAUGAUGAAGCGGAUGGUGUCGAUGAAGAUGUGACUUAUUGUGAGAUCUGCAAUAGUCCAGAACGAGAAGACGUAAUGCUCUUGUGUGAUGAAUGUAAUCAAGGCUAUCAUAUGGAUUGUCUCACACCACGUCUAACGCAAAUUCCAGAAGGAUCAUGGUAUUGCGACAACUGUUUUGAUCCAUCGGCUGAAAGUGACAAUGUGUCAGAAGAUUUAAAUUUGCUUUACGAAGAUAUACGCGACAUGGGCAUACCGCAAGCGGCGUUACGUGUAACUGAAUUGCAGCAGCCUCGCAUAUUGCGCACGCGUCAAAAUGAACGUAUACGUGCGGCCGUUUUACGCACAACACGCAGUCGGGCGCGCAUCGAAACAACCACAACCACUACAACAAGCGCAGGUACCAGUCGCGGUCGUGGCAGGCCUCGUAACAGUACAACCACCACCACGACGACCACAACCACACGCACCACAAGACCAUCAACUACACGUCGUAAGCCGAGCAGGCGUCGCCGACGUCGCACACGCAAACGUACAUAUGUUGUUGAGUAUGAUUUGAAUAAUUUCGAUGAGAAGUUCGCAAUUAAAACUACAAAGAAAAUUAUUAGAAGACGUCGACGCAAGCGCAGAGCAUCAGCACGCAAUACUGCACGAACCAGUACUGGCGGACGUAUGACGGCUAGCAAGCGCUUGGCAGAGCAGAUGGGUGUUAAGAAAGAUCCCACAUACACUUCACACCUGUCUGGCACGUCAGCUGGACUAUCACUGUUUGGCGGUGCCAAUGAUUUGGAGUACUUUUCGGAUAGUGAUAACGGUGGUAUUGAACAUGAAAUUCAAGUAGAGACAGGACAUGGCACCGCUCUACAAACCUCCAUACGCAUAUCGAACUUUGGCUCGCAACGAGCACGCAAAGGUAUUCUCUUAGGCCGCCUACAAGGCAAUAAUAGACGUAAUGUUCUCCCAGAUUUACCAGCACAAACUGCAACACCCACUAGUGGUGAUCUGUUAUCCAGCAUUAUGAACAUGCAAGAUCGUUGGCAUAAUGCAGCCAGAAACAUGGAAAGUGUGCAUAUUAGUGCUGACGGCACUUUGCAACUGCCCAGUAGUGGAAUUAACAUGAACGAUAGCAAUAGUUCUAGUGUCAAUGCGGACUCAAAUCAGCGGCAAACAUCACGUAACUCAGUCAGUGCUAAUGAGCAACAAUCACGCACCCCUAUCAACCCACUUGAGGGGGUCACACAAGCGCCGAUGUAUCCGCGUGGUGGAGGCGGAAACCAAAACUUCGGCGGCGGCAAUAGUGGUGGCGGUGGUGGUAACUACAAUAAUCGAUACAGUAACAAUCAAAACAAUUAUCGCGGUAGUGGCGGUGGAGGUCAAUAUAGACACUCUAUGGGUGGUAGUGCUGGUGGUGACGGAAACGAUGGCAGCCGUGGAAAUUUCAAUUUUAGUAAUCAAAAUUUGAACAACAGCAACAACCCGAAUCAGAACCCAAAUUUUUCACCUUUCUCGAUGCGUUUCAAUCAACGUAAUAAUCAGCGCAACAAUAAUCAACGAAACUCUUUGCCAUUUAUGCAUCGUAACGAUGACGAUCGACAACAGCACCAACAACAAAACCAAACACAAAAUAAACCGAAUGAAGGCAAUAAUCCCUUUAGGACUGGACUGCCACCACCUCAGCAACAGAAUAUGUCAAAUGAAAAUCCGCUCUUUGGUGAUCUACCACCACCAGUAAGAUCUGCACCAUUAAUGUCUGCUGUGCCACUGGGUAUGGCUGGUCCGCCACCUGUGUCUGGACUACCGCCGAUGGCAGGUCCACCGCAUAUGACAGGACCACCUCCCAUUAUGGGAACGUUACCAAUGUCGAGACCGCCACCACCAGCAAUGGCUAUGAGUGGCCCACCGCCACCACUGGCAAUGCAUUCGCCAAUGCAAACAAUGAGACCGCUAAUGACUGUGCCACCACCACCUGCGCCACCUCCGGGUGUGCCUAUGCCUUGGGCCACACCACUCUUUCAACAAUUGAAUAACGAUUAUGGAAAUGACGAUGAUGACUCCAAUUGUCCGAACUUUUCCGUAUACUCAGCCGAAUCCCAAGAAGUUGCCAAAUCAGCAGAAAUGCAAUCACAAACUCAGCAGAACAGCGAAGCAGCUAAGGAAGACGAUGAAAAUGAAGAUUUAGUACAAUUAGAUGAUGAUGAUGAAAUACCAAUGCCACCAGAAACUAAUCCAAAUGAAUCUCCAACUACAGUCAAAGAUUCUGACUUAUAUGAGCCAGAAAAUCCUACAGAAGAAAACGAGGACGAUGACGUCGCCGAUCGCGGCGAUGACGACGACGACGACGAAGAACUUAAAAAACAAGAGAACAGUGAAGACAAUGAAAAGGAUGAAGUUGACAAGACAAAUGAAAACCACGAAACUGUGGAAGAAAUUGCUUCACCACGUCCUGGUCGGCGCGAUAGCGUGGACAAUUGCGACUCACAAUAUGAUCCGGAACAUGAAAUCAUAUCCAACGAGGAUUCUAAUAUGGCGGUGGAGGAUAAUAAAACAGAAAAGUUGGACGAUUGUAAUAAAAGUAAUAAUGAAACGUUGGAAAAGGAGCACGAACCUAAGGACGGUCAUAGCGAUCACUCACGUUCACCAAGUCCAACAGAAUCCGAGAUGAAAUUGCCCGAAAAUGAUGUAGGCAUUGCAAAUAAGAAGGGCGUAUUGGAAUUGUACGAUGAUAGUGAUUGGGAAGAACUGGAUAUUGAUAAGCCAAAGGAAUAUGAGAAAGCAGCAAAACAGUCAGAAAAAUCUGACUUAGAAGAAGGUCAGUGUGAAGAGCAGGAUGAGACAACUUCAGACAAGCUUAAGGAACGCAGUAAAAGGAAUAAGAGUAAGGGUAAAGAAACAGAUGAUAAAAACGAAGGCGAACUUGAUCGAUCUUAUACACCAUGCCUGGAUGAGAACAAUGAACCAGAAGAAGGCCAUGAAAAUGAAAAAUUCGAUGAGACGGGCGCAAAGUUGCUAAAUGCCUCCAAGGAUUCGAAUGAACCGGACACGGAAGGCGGUAAAACGCCCGAAGUUAUUGCCAGUGCACCGGUCGCCAUUGAAACCGAACUAAUUUCGGACGACGAUGAGAAUGCACGUGGCUCAAGGAAGCGAAGAAGUAGCAAAAAACGUGAUAAACGUGACAAAAAAGUUGAAACAUUCAAAAAAGUAAGCAACAAACAAAAGGUACGCAAUUACCGCACCGACAAGCAACAAGUAGGUAAAUAUAAAGUGCGACAUCAAUCGUCAAAAUCACGUUCUCGUUCUAAAUCUAUAUCAAGAAGUCGUUCACGCACUCGGAGUCGCAGUCAUAGCCGCAUACGCAGUCGUUCGCGAUCACCACGAGUCGCCGUAAAUCGCUCUCGUUCACCCCAUUCAGGUAGAUCACGUUCGCGAUCGCCACGUGGUCGUGGCCGUAGACGUUCCCGCUCCCGUUCCCGUUCAUUACGUUCACGUAGUCGAUCAAACAACAAGGAGAACAAGUGGCGACAAGGUGGUCGCUAUAAUAAUAACCAGACCAGAUUUCAUGAUCGAAAUAAACAAAAAAAUCAAUAUCGUCCCAAACGUAGAGAAAUUCCACGCUAUAAUGUACGAAACGUUGU